UCAGAGGAGUGGUGAAAUAUAAAAAUAAGAAUGACGAGCCGCCAGCGCUUGGCUUGCGUGCCGAUCAGUCCAUCAAGUGCUUCCGGUGCGCCUGGCGCUGUGACUCGCCUGCGCCCGCCUGCGCCGCCGACCUGACCGCGAGUGAGCCGCAGUACGAGAGCUCCCGGUGACAUGGCGACCACGGCGACGAGGAUGGCGGCCUGCGCGGCCCUGCUGCUCGCUAUCGCGUCCGUGGCCCUGUGCUCGAGUAGCUCUGAUAGCUCUCAUCAGAACACAGACGGUCUGCUGCUGGAAAAGCUGCGCCGACUGCCGAACCCGCAAGAUCUGGCGGAGAAAGCUCGCGACAUGGCAAAAUCGGCCCGGGAAAUGGCGCAGCAGCACAUAACGGAGCGGGUGGCCGACCUGAAGGACAAGGUGGAGGCGGCGCGCGGCGCGGCGGCCAGCAUCCAGUCCGGCGGCGUGCAGCUGCCCUCCAGCGUCACCUCCAUGGCCAACAACUCGUAGCCCGGGGUAGGGUAGCCCCGAGGCAAGCCGCAGGUCCGCAAAGCGAGAGAAUAUAGUUAAGAGGGGCAGC